GUUUGACCUGAAAUAAAAAAAAUAUUUUUUUAAAAUAUUCGAUCCCGUUAAAACGCACUAUGACCUACCCACGAAAACAAAGCUACGAGAGUCGUGCUUGGUAAGUUGAAUCGAAGAUCUAGCGAAAAACAAAAAAAGAACUUGAAAAAAAUUGAAAUUCUCUUUUUCGCACAAAAGCUUUCGAAACUGGGAACACGCAUUUACCUCUACUACACCAGAAGUAAAAAAAAAAUUAACUCUUUAGCAUGGCGUGUUGAUUCGGUUUUAUGGAAAUAGAGGAAGAUUUCCCGUGAAUGGGUUUUUGAUUUAGGACAUGAAUUAGAAAGACCACCUAAGUUUUUCUGGCUAUAAUUAAAGAUGCAUACCUUUUUGGUUGCAGAGCAGUGGAUGAAAUGAAAGGGAAGGGAGUAUCGAGAGAUUAUUCUCGACGUAGAAUUCGAUCUGGAAAGAGAACGACAAGGAGUCUUGAUAAUAUAGUUGUGAUUGAUGUCGAUAGUGAUGAUGAGUUUGAUAAUGUUAUUAUCAUUGAUGUCCCGGAGUCUUUACAGCAGAAAUUAAGAGGUUCUAAUGUUGUUAGAGAAGGAAGAAGUUUUCCGUGCAUAAUAAGCAUUGAUGAUGAUGAUGAUACAGUGGAUGAUCAUGAAAUUAAUGCGCAAGGUGAUGGUAACUUGGAUAGUGAUGGCACUUCUAGUCACAGCAGUCCUGCCUCUGAUUGUAUAGGGAAAUCUGUUUAUAGGGAUGCUGAUGGUUGUCGAGUUGCUGAGGAGAAUAGGCCUGUGUUCAAGUUGAGAAAGUGCAAUAGAACUUAUCCUGAGAAAGCUCCCUCCAGAAAACGUUAUGGUUUAGAUUCAGAUUCCGAGAGUGAUUCGUCUGAAGAUAGCACCUCUGACUGUGAAGUCAUGGAAGGAUCUUUUGGAGAGGUUCGAGAACAGUGGGAAAAGGCUUCCCUGAAGAGAAAAUCCAAGUCCUGUAAAGGUCUGGAUGACCAGGCUAGUCCAUGCAGUUCCCACGGUGAUGUUCAUCCAAAUGCUGAAGUAGAAAACAGAACUAAACAAAAUCCAGAUCCUUCUGUUUGCUCUAGUUCAAAAAAUGUAAAUUUUGAGAAAGUGAACACUUGUGCCUCCACUUCCACUAGAGAUGGAGUUCUGGGUGGUUGUUCUUCCAGUGCCAAGAUGGAAAAUCCUUUUGCAAAUUAUAACCAGAAAGGUGAAAGCUUUUCAAGGCCACAGAAAUCAAGAACAAAUGAGAAUAUUCAUUUUCAUUGGAAGAGCGAUGAUCUUUGUGGAGGAGAGAGAUCCAUGGAUGAUAGUAGUACUUCCUAUAACAAGUUUCGAACUUUAAAUGGCCUUGGCACUAGGUUUCCUCCAGGGCCUUCUUCAUGGUCCAAUCAAGAAAAGGAUGAUAAACAGUAUCAUCAUAGAAGAGCAUGUUUUCAGGAUAUGGAACAAAACACUGCGACAGGGCAUUCUUUUCCAAAUGACCAAAGUGGACCUAACUUGCACUCAGAUGAUGGGAAAGCUAGUGUUUUGAAUGAAGAUGCUUCUUUACCUGAUGGUCACUUUCUCGGUGAGAAACAUGAUGUUAUUAACAGUCAAGUUGAUUCAAAGGAGGAAUAUAAAGAAUUUACUCAGGUGCCAUCUAGUUGCAAGAUUCUUUCAAAUGAGGCACAAUGCAGAGAGAAGUUUGUGUCUUAUGCUCGAUCAUCUGAGGACAAAGUGGUUGAAAAUGUUAUAGCUUCUUCAUGUACUACACAAGAAGUCAGUGAUGAGAAAUCUGGUCAUCAGAAAAUGGUUGAAAGAGCUGCCAGGGAAAAGUCUUCACAAUGUCACGACAGACUAGGUAGGCCAGGAACAUCAAAUUCUGCAGAAGGAAAGGAGGUGUGUACUGAUUUUGCAUCCAGCAGUCAACUUCAUCACGAAAGGGAUCCGUUAUGUGCUUUACCUGGUGCUCGUUUUCCUUAUGCUGUAAAGGAUAUAAUCAAUGACCGAGAAAAGCUCAAGGAGACUGAAGAAUACAAACAAGCAAUGGAAGAAGAAUGGGCUGCUAGACAGCAGCAGCUACAGAUUCAGGCAGAAGAGGCUCAGAGAUUGCGGAAGAGAAGAAAAGCUGAAACUUUGCGUAUUUUGGACAUGGAGAGAAGGCAAAAACAGCGUGUGGAAGAAAUGAGAGAGACACAAAAGAAGGAUGAAGAGAAUUUGAACAUCAAGGAGAGAUUUCGUGUUGAAGUAAGGAAGGAGCUUUAUAGAUUGGAGGUUACCUGCAUUAACAUGGCAUCCUUACUUCGUGGCUUGGGAAUCCAUGUGGAAGGUGGUUUCCAACCCUUGCCAAAUCAGGUGCAUGCAGCUUAUAAGCGAGCCUUGCUAAAAUUUCAUCCUGACCGCGCGUCAAAAACUGACAUUCGUCGGCAAGUUGAGGCUGAGGAAAAAUUUAAGCUUAUUUCCCGCAUGAAGGAGAAAUUUUUGUCCACUUCAUGUUACUAGUGCUAAUAAAAGGUCAAAACACCAUUUAAGGUCAAAAUACCAUUUAAAGAAUUCUGCACAUUCAUAUUUGUGAAGCAGUUAUAACAUUACCCGAUUAGAGAAAUUAUUGUCUUAAAGGUGUUGUUUACACUUGCGGGUCUGUCAAGAAUAGGGUUUGUAGCAUUUUGUCAUAUAUUUUGAGGAAAUUACAUGUCUGAUACCCGGUAGUAGCAAUACUGUCUCUUGCAGUUAGCAUAGUUGAAUAUUCAUUGAUACUGACUGAGUGAGAUGUCGGAUAAUGAUUUUAAAAAAAUGCAACUGCUGCUCUGCUUCAGCAGCUAUUUUACAUGUAAAGCUUGGUGCAUAUAUGUCAAUAAGAUUGCCCUGGUGUUACAUUUGAUGUGAUUCCAAACGGGCCCAAACGUUUGAACUUUUGAAA